CGCGCCCCCGGAGCCGCGUCGGGAGCGCGGUCGGGCCUCGCGGGGCCGCGGACGCUCCUCUUCGCCCGGCCGCCGCCUCUUCCGGCCGCUCACCUGGGCCCCGGCCCGGCGCCAGGAUGAAGGACCGGCUGGAGCAGCUGAAGGCCAAGCAGCUGACGCAGGAUGACGACGCCGACGAGGUCGAGAUCGCUGUUGACAACACAGCUUUCAUGGAUGAGUUCUUCUCCGAGAUCGAGGAGACGCGAGUCAAUAUUGACAAGAUCUCCGAGCACGUGGAGGAAGCGAAGAGGCUCUACAGUGUCAUCCUCUCUGCGCCCAUCCCCGAGCCAAAAACCAAGGACGACCUGGAGCAGCUCACUGCCGAGAUCAAGAAGAGGGCGAACAAUGUCCGGAACAAGCUGAAGAGCAUGGAGCAGCAUAUUGAGGGGGACGAGGUGCGGUCGUCGGCAGACCUUCGGAUCCGCAAAUCCCAGCACUCUGUCCUGUCCCGGAAGUUUGUGGAGGUGAUGACCAAGUACAACGAGGCCCAGGUGGACUUCCGUGAGCGCAGCAAAGGGCGGAUCCAGCGGCAGCUCGAGAUCACUGGCAAAAAGACCACCGACGAGGAGCUGGAGGAGAUGCUGGAGAGUGGGAACCCUGCCAUCUUCACCUCGGGGAUCAUCGACUCUCAGAUUUCCAAGCAAGCCCUCAGCGAGAUUGAGGGCCGGCACAAGGACAUCGUGAGGCUGGAGAGCAGCAUCAAGGAGCUCCACGACAUGUUCAUGGACAUCGCCAUGCUGGUGGAGAACCAGGGGGAGAUGUUAGAUAACAUAGAGCUGAAUGUCAUGCACACGGUGGACCAUGUGGAGAAAGCUCGGGAGGAGACCAAAAGAGCCGUGAAGUACCAGGGUCAGGCCCGGAAGAAAUUGCUAAUUUUCAUUGUGGUAGUAGUUGUGUUGCUGGGCAUUUUAGCAUUGGUUAUCGGACUUGCCGUUGGGCUGAAGUGAGGGCGGCCCGGAGGCGGCCGUGCUGACAUGUGUGGCCGAGUCUUACUGUCGCUCUUCACCGUCACCCUGGGUGCUGACCGACCAGCAUCUCCCCCCUGCCUGUCGUAGAGCCCGGUUUCACCCCAGCCUGGUGUGGCCGCCACCCCUGUCUUCAGAUGGGAGCGGAGUGUGAAUGGCCUUCCUGAGAGAGUGAGCCCCAUGCCUUUGUUUCCCUGUAACCACCCCUGGACCCGACCCGGCAAACGGUCCCGCCCGGAGGAGCCUCAGCUCCCGAUGCAGCCCGCGCCACCCUUCCUGCCCCCCAGCUCUGAAGCGCCUUCUCCUGGACUGCAGGAACCAAGCUAGCUUCUCCGUCUCCCCUCGAUGUGUCAAACUGCGUCCUGUGCCUCGGAGAGCCUCGCCGAGCCCUCCCCAAGGCACUGUGCUGUCUACCUCACGAGUUCUCCCCAGCAUUGUGAUGGUUGGGUGUUUUCAAAAGUGGGCUAUCUUUAACAAAAUAAGGGGAUUCUUCCAAGUUUGGCAACAGUAAGACUUGGGCCUGAGUCUCCAGCCUGGCAGGAUCCCAGUCAUCCCAGCUUAUUGUCCUUGCCUGAGGGCAGGAGGCGCUGGCAGAGGUUGCCGUGGUCUCGGAAGCUGACUUCUCUGAAAUGCAGCCUUGAAAUGAAGCUCUCAGUGUGCUGAGCUCCGUGGCUGACUUCCACCUCUGUCUCUGUUGUACGUCCUCACGUGGACUCAGGGAGGCACCACCUGAGACUGUCCUCUGAGGUUGCUGUCUGUCCAGGCUGGGCUGUGGGGUCACCGUUCCCACGUCUGGGCCUGGGGAGCUGGCUGUUUACUGCUAGAGCGAUGGCAGAGAAGCCGCUGCGGGGAGGCCCAGAAUAACCAGUCCUGUAAAAUCAGCCAGGGCUGAGGUGCUUGAUUGAGUCUCAGGCUCUGGGGAGCUUUCAGACAGGGGCAGCUGUGAGUAUUCAGGCAUUUCAUGUGUUCCAGAUGUAUUUUUAUAAUCGUUAUGUGUGACAUGUAUGUACAUACAUGCAUGGGUCUCUCAGGAAGUAGGGAACUGGAAAUGAGGAUAUUCGAACCUCAAAAGAGUAACUUGAGCUAGGCCAAAAAUCAGGUAAGAGACUUUGGCUUACCUGCAGCUGCAUCAUAAUAGAAAGGUGAUCUUCUCAUGUCAUAGGGAAACUUGCUGUUUUCUGCACAAGCGCUCAGAGAACCCAGAUGGCUGGGGUGGGCACCAGGCCGGUCCCCGUUAGCAGACAGAAGGCGGGACGAGCGCGACACCCCUCCCUGCUUGCUGCCUGGGCUGGGCUUGUCCUGAGAACACCCCAUCGCAGUCUGGUAUCGUUCGCGUGACCGCGGGGGUGUUAAGCCAGCUCGGGAAGCCAAGGUCCACUCAGCAGUCUUCCUGCUCCCAGGUUAGAUGCCUUGUGGCCCCACUUGUCAUGGAGGAAGCAACAGCCAGGAAAUUUUUAAGCGUAGUUUCUGUGCUGAGCCAGUGUAAGCCCCCGAGACUCCCGGCUGGUCCCGGCCAGCCUCCCGAUUCAUACCUCAGCUUUGACUUUAGUGCUUUCUAGGAGAGGGGAGCAGCCUGACACAGGCACCCCGCCUUCCUGUGCCAAGGCUACUCACUCAGCCAGCGCCCAGCACUCGGACGGAGCCGAGGGGCCCCCAUCGCCUGUGGCUGUGAUGUCUGACUCUGGCCGGGCUUCAGCAAUGCGGCAGCCAAGCGCCAAUCACAGACCUGUGCUCUCCUGAGACUGAGGCCGGAGGCUUAUCAUUUGGAUACAACAAGUGAAGGGUUUUUUUGUUCUUUUUUUAAAAUGUAAACUGGAUGAUUUUAAUUGCUAAUUUAAAAAUAAAUGA